AUGAAUCACUGUAGCAAAAUGCUGACAAAUACACUCCCCCCCCCCCCCCCCCCCCCCCACCACUACCACCAUACUCAGCCACCUUUGUUCCUGGGGCAUACGCAGUUUCAAUUGAUGCAAAGAUGCCUGAAGAUAUCGUCGAACAGCUUGAAGAAAACAGGAUGCGAAUGCACAACGUACUCGCAACUGCCCCCAAAACUGAAUGAACAAAAAUGCCCCCUUUCUCCCCCUCGGAUUACCCUAGAAUGCCGUCAUCUGCUCGACUUGCGUCUAGUGGUGCAAAGUGUGACCAACCAAUCAAAGCCCCAUGACAAGGGGAUCUCGCUAUGA